AUGAACGCAGAAACCCCCCUCGACACCGGGGAUAGGUGGCAGGGCACCAGGUCGGAUUCAUGGUUCGGAUACAGAAUAAUAUUUACAGCCCAGAGCGACCCUUUCUUUGUUCCCCAACCACCACCAUAUAAUCAACCACAUGUCUCGAUCACCCUCAAACGAAAACACUCGCCAAACAACGCACAGUUCACCAACGAGCAGUUCCAUCACAUACAGCAUACCCCCAACAAAACGGCCGACGCGCAGAAGAAGCACCCCGCCGAGGCGAUACCGGCGCAAGAAGCCACAAUGGCUGCUAAAGAAACCACAGUCUCAACCUCUUCAACACCCCACGAGCUGCCCACGCCGAAAAGCACGCCGCAAGUGAGUGUGCGGAGUAAGACGCCGGAGCUGAGUGAAGCGGGGUACCAGAGGCUUGCGGCGUUUCUGGAGAAGGUGUUUGGUGAGGCAGAGGCAGAGGCGGGGGCUGGUGGUGAAGGGGAGUCGGAUAAUAGUUCGGCGCUCAUAGGGCUUAUAGGGCGGGAGUCGGCGGUGCGAGCGAAGAGGCAUCAGGCAUGGGUGGAGGAGGUACCGGAGGAUGAGGAUGUUGCUAGGCGAUAG